AUGUUGAUGAUGGAGGACGACGAAUUAGACGCUCAUCAGGUUGACUCGGAUUUCGAGCCGCAGAGCCGGCCUCGCUCAUGCACUUGGCCGCUGCCCUGCCCGGAGGAUUUCCCCGGUCGACACGAGGUGAGCGGAGGUCUUCCGCUGGCCAACAUCAAGGUGGAACCGGAGGACGUCCCGGCUUGCAGAGCCGGGCUCGUGGGCGGAACGCCGGCGGAGCUGAAGCAUCCGGCCGGCGCCCCGGCACCCGCGGGCGCGACGCACCCAUGCCUGGCCGGCGCGGCGCUCGACGUGACCGGAUCCCUGCGCAAAGCCAAGUCCUCGCGGCGGAACGCGUGGGGGAACCAGUCCUACGCGGAUCUCAUUACCCGCGCCAUUGAGAGCACCCCAGAAAAGAGGCUCACGCUGUCACAGAUAUACGACUGGAUGGUCCGCUACGUGCCCUAUUUCAAGGAUAAAGGCGACAGCAACAGCUCAGCUGGCUGGAAGAAUUCUAUUCGACACAACCUUUCCCUCCACACACGCUUCAUCCGGGUACAAAAUGAGGGGACAGGGAAGAGUUCCUGGUGGAUGCUGAACCCCGAUGGAGGGAAGAUGGGCAAAGCUCCACGGCGACGAGCAGUCUCCAUGGACAACAGCACCAAGUACCUAAAAAGCAAAGGCCGCAUCAGAGGCAAAAGAGUGGGCCGUCCUGGCAUUGGAGCAGGGUCUGCUGUGGUGGGGCUCCAGAGCUCUCCAGACCAUGGUAGCCCAUCGCAGAAAGGUCUGUCAGGAGCUGGAGGUGCAUCUGGAAAUGAUGGAGAGUUUGAUUCUUGGACAGACCUACAUUCCAGGGCAAGUUCAUCAACUUCCACCCUCAGUGGGCGUCUUACACCCAUUCUUGCAGAGGAAGAACCAGAGGAACCAGAGGAGAGUGGCCUGUCCUGUUCAACCUCCCCUCAUCUCUACCCCUCACCGACUAGUGCCCGCUCUCCAUCGAUGGGUGCAGGGAAUCACUGCCCUCCCCUUGAGCAGCUCCCUCAGCUUGCUAACUUAACAGGUGCCAUCACUUUAGAUGAGCAGAUGAUCGAGGAUGGUUAUCAUCAUCAUUGUCCACAGCAGCACCAGCAGCAUCCAGCUGUUGGGAGACAUAAGCACCAAACUCCUGUGUAUCACUAUAGUUCUGGAAUAAAGGUUCAGGGCUCCUACAGUUCAGGAGUCUAUGGUUCAUCAAGCAUGGGCAUGCUGCGUCACCACUCGCCCAUGCAAACCAUUCAGGAGAACAAGCCAACCAGUUUUUCUGGAACCAUGCGAGCAUAUUCCAGUAUGCUCGGUAUGCCCCAGGACUCCUGCCAUGUGGCCACCACGCCACACCCCCGUCACAGCUAUUACCCAGACUCACAGCACCAGGGCAUGGCUAAUGGACCAUACCAUCAUGGCCUUGGGAUGGGUAAUUGUAGUGCUGGAAGCAACUAUCAUGGUUACCACCAACCUCACACCCAUGAGAGGCUACCAGCUGACCUGGACAUUGACAUGUUCCAUGGUAGCUUGGACUGUGAUGUGGAAUCCAUCCUCCUCCAUGACAUUAUGGACUCUGGGGAAGAAAUGGACUUCAACUUUGACUCCUCCCUUGCCCAGGGGGUUGGCAUCGGCAUGGGUAUGGGUAUGGGUGUGACUAUGGGAAUGGGAAUGGGAAUGAACAGUCUUCCUGGUCCACAGCAAACCCAUAGCAACCAGAGCUGGGUGCCUGGCUAA